AUCAUGCCCCCUCAGAUCACACGCGCCAAUGUCCUUCCAGCCUGUUCCGCACUUUGCAGGCUGGCGAAAGUGAAGCAUGCGCCCUCAUCGAGAAGAUGGGCAUUGAAAAGCCUCUCCUCGACCUUCUUUAUGACAGGUGCCUGCCAUGCCACUCCAACUGCUCUCUGAUGGGCUUGCCAAGCCUCCUUGAGCUCAUCACUGGCGGCACCAUCGACACAGACUGACCAGAACAAGCAAAUCAUGAGCCCAGCCUUGAGUUGUCGACGGUCCCAAGGAAAUUGAAGGCCGGCAAACUGGCAUUGAACCGCACACUGCCGCAAGCCAGCGGGACUUGUUCACGUGUGUGGACAAGCAGCUAGGCGCUAUCCAGAGGAAUCGAGGGAAGAUCAGAAGCAGUUUGUCCACUACAGAUUUCCUCGCCGAGCUUUCACGGUCUCAACUUCUCCAACGGCCACAGGACUUCACGCGGCUGCUGGGAGUUCUUGGCAAGCGCCGGCUUUGGAAACAUGCGGCUGUUGCCUUAAGUCAGAUGGAUGCCCUUUGUGGCAUGCAGAUUGAUGUUAUUGCACUGGGGGCAGCCGUGAACGCUUGUGCAGGAGCUGGUGAAUGGGCAGUAGUGUUGACUCUUCUGCAGCACUCUGGUGGGUGGGGUAUUUCUCCAGACCUCAGGACGCUCAACUGUGCCUUGAGAAGCGUGGAAAGAGAUUCAUGGAGGCGUGGGUUGCGCUUCCUGGAGUUCCAAAGGCGCUGCGAUCUCCAACCGGAUGUGAUUACGUACAACCUUUUGGCCGCUGGCUGUGGCCAUGGCCAAUGGCGACUGGUUUGCAGAUACCUUUUGGAUUCGUUUCAUGGAUUGGUGCCAGACGUUCUCAUGUUGGGAGCGGCCUUAGUAAACUUCGAGAAGGCUCAGCAGUGGGAGCGUGCGCUGCGAGCUUUCAAAGCCAGCCACUUGCGGGCCGACACGCAUAUCUUGAACUCUGUAGCCAGCGCUUGUGCAGCCGGAUUGCAGCCGAAACUGGCACAGAGCGUUGUCAAGGAAAUUAACAAGCUGAUUGUGGAAGCUGAUGUGAUGUAUUUGAAGGAUGUGGGAGACCUGGGCGACUGUCGUGUCAGUGCUUGGCCUGGGGCCAGACGAGCCUCUUUGCAAAAGAUCAAAGAAGAACGAGAGAAGUUAGAAGAAGAGAAGAGGCAGUUUUCACUGGCCAGUCAAAACGUCUCACAGAACAGUGAGGAGUUGGAAGCUGCAAAAGCUGCAGCGCAGUGGGCCAAGGAUCAAGAGAUGUGGGCCAAGGAGCAGGCAAACGCUUCCUACUGGAAGAUGAGAGAGUCUGAGCAAGUGGCAGAAGAUGCAAAUCAAGCUCUGCAGAGGGCUGAGUGGCGGUUCAAUGAGCAAUUGAACUGGGCAAGAGACGCAGAGAAAAAGGUAAAAGAACGAGCAAAGGAUUCCUACUGGAAGAUGAUAGAGAUGAAGCAAAGUGCAGAAGAUCUGCAGAAAUUUUCACAGAGGGUUCAGUGGCAGUAUAAGGAAACUGCCAAGGAGCUUGCGAUCAAGGUGGGCCAGGUAGACACUGAGUCAAAGGCCAAGGAGAAGCUAAAGGAAGAACUUCGCAAGCAAACGCAGGACUUUGCUGUCAGGAAGCGCAGUGCUGAAGAUGAUGGAGAUGCGCGACCUUCAUCCAGCAAGGGAAGGAUGAUCCAGAUGGACAGCUUAGGCAACAGGCUCUUUCUCCGCACUUGUGAGAUCAGCUCAGCUCCAAAGCAUGAUGUGUGCCUGGCCAAGGUCGAAGACCUAUGGCAAGAUUUGGAGCCAAAGUUGAUGUAUUUGCCUCGUGAUGACCGCUUACAGGCUCUUUCCGGGCUUUGUGUUGCGGCGCUCGCGCACAAAGGGCAGAAAAGAAAGUCUGGAGAGCCGUACAUUGUCCACCCUGUGGCAGUGGCUGAGCUUUUAGCACAGCUGAAGGUGCCGGUGGAAGUUAUUGUUAGCGGCUUGCUUCAUGAUACCGUGGAGGACAACGACGAAAUUCGCUUUGAAGACUUGGAGAGCAUUUUCGGCGUGGAUGUGAGACGUAUUGUUGAGGGUGAGACGAAAGCUUCCAAGCGCACAGCAUUGGGUGGGCGAGGCAAUUGGAGCCGCCGCUACACUUCUUUGUUCAACAAGCUCCUAGGAAACAAGUCGCCGUCUUCUCUGAAGCCUGACAUGUGCAAGGCGCGUGAGCAGGCGGAGAAUUUGCGGGACAUGUUCCUGGCUAUGGCUGAUGAUUACAGAGUGAUCUUGGUGAAACUGGCAGAUCGACUGCACAACAUGCGCACACUGGAGCACAUGCCGGAGAAGAAGCAGCAGACCAUUGCGGCAGAAACACUUGUCGUGUUUGCUCAGCUGGCUCACCGCCUUGGCGUUUGGCUAUUCAAGACAGAGCUGGAGGAUUUGUCAUUUCGAUAUUUGUAUCCACUGGAGUUUCGGAAGCUCAACCGGCUUCUGAGCAUGAGACACGCACAGCACACAUCCACGCUUCAAGCAGCGACCCGGGACUUUUCCAUCCUCAGGCAGGAUCCGGUCUUCAAAAAGCAAAACGUUCGGAUAGAGAUCACCGCAAGGGAGAAGGGCCUGUACUCACUGUGGGAGAAGAUGCGCAGAAAGCCAAAAUAUCACAACAACAUAGACAACAUUGAUGAUAUCAUUGCUCUUCGUAUCGUCCUGGACUUUGACCAGAAUCCUGGUGAAAGCAAUGACGAGUAUGCGGCGCGUGGUGCCCGAUUGUGCAACCACGCGCUGGCCUUGGCACGACAGUUGCCAAACUGGUCUGGAGGGGAGAUGCUGAAGAACUACAUCGCCUUUCCGAAGCCAAAUGGUUACCAGUCCUUGCACGUCACCUUUGUUCAUGACGAUGCUCCAGUUCCUUUGGAGAUCCAGAUCCGCACAAUGCGCAUGCACGAAGUUGCAGAGUAUGGAAUGGCCGCUCAUUGGAUUUACAAGGAUGAGCAACGGGGCAAGCCAUAUAAGCCCAAGAAACCAAGCCGUAGAGUUGCGUGGUUGGAAUCGUUGGCAGACAAAGACUGGGAAAUGAGGGCCGACCCCCAAGCAUUCGUUCAAGAGGUUCUACGAGAUGAAUUGGGCAAAAGGUGCUUUGUCUUUUUGAGAGACGGCACGAUCUUGAACCUCUCCCGCGGCUGUACAGCUUUGGAUGCGGCCUUCAAGAUUCACUCAGAGGUCGGGCUCCACAUGCUGUAUCCCGUGAUCAAUGAUAAGAAGGUGGCGCCAUUCUAUGAAUUGCAGAAUGGUGACCGAGUGAAUAUCGUUACUGAUGAGGACGCAGUGCCACAGAGAGAGUGGCUAGCCUAUGCGUUUCUCCGAACUACCAGAAACAAGCUCUCGGCGUUCUUUAGAAAGACAACGAAGGACAAAGAAACCGCAGUCGAUUUUGCGGCAGCUUUGGCCACAGCAGCUACAGCUGCUGCUGCUUUGCCCUUGGUGCAUUGA